GUGGAGAGAGAACCUGUGGAGUACAUGAACUUAUCUGUAUUAGAAAAGAAUCUGGAAUCUGAGUGCAUGCUGAUCUCCCAUUGACUUCUGUUCUAUUACUGUACCCCAUCAGAGAGAUGUGAGGAGUUGGUUGAGAUUCAAAUCGGGAACUUAUCCAAAGACCACAACAUCCUUUGACACCAACAACUGUCUAUGCUUCCUUAGAAGGAGCCACCUGACAACUGGGUGGUUCAACAAAGGUGGCCCCAGGAAAGUAUCUCCAGAGGCAGUUGGAUUUUUGUCAGCUGUUGGGGUGUUUAUUAUCUUGAUGCUGCUCCUUUUUCUCUAUAUUAAUAAGAAGUUCUGUUUUGAAAAUGUUGGCGGGUUUCCAGAUCUUGGUUCAGAAUACAGUACAAGGAAGAAUUCACAAGAUAAAAUUUAUAAUUCGUAUAUGGACAAAGAUGAGCAUGGGUCAUCCUCUGAAAGUGAAGAUGAAGCCCUGGGUAAAUAUCACGAGGCCUUAUCCAGAACAUACAAUUCCAGGCUACCAUUGGCAGAUUCUAGACAAAAGAACUAUGCUUGGGAAACAAGACAAAAAUACAGUCCUCUGUCUGCAGAGUAUGAUGGAUACAGUAGUGAAGCAUCAAUAGAUGAAGGAAGCUGCAUUCAGAGAAUGAGAAGAACACCUCCACUGGAUGAAUUGCAGCCACCACCAUAUCAGGAUGACAGUGGUUCUCCCCAUCUUUCGUGUACACCCUCAGAAGUUGGAGACAGUAAAUGUGAAUUUUCCCACUGCAGCAACAGUCCAAGAUGCUCAUAUAACAAGUGCCCGAGUGAAGGAAGCACAGGUCAUGAAAUAGAAAGUUAUCAUAAUAAAGGAUAUGAAGAAGAUGUUCCAAGUGACAGCACUGCAGUCCUGAGCCCUGAAGAUAUGUCAGCUCAAGGAUCAUCUUCACAGCUCCCCAAAUCUUUUGAUCCUGAACCAGAAGCUAAAUAUGGCACACUGGAUGUGACUUUUGACUAUGACUCACAAGAACAGAAGCUUCUGGUAACAGUGACAGCUGUCACAGACAUACCAACGUAUAACAGGACAGGUGGCAACUCAUGGCAAGUACACCUUGUUCUUCUACCUAUAAAGAAACAAAGAGCAAAAACCAGCAUCCAGAGAGGACCAUGCCCUGUCUUCACAGAAACAUUUAAAUUUAAUCAUGUUGAAUCUGAGAUGAUUGGAAAUUAUGCAGUUCGGUUUAGACUGUAUGGUGUACAUCGCAUGAAAAAAGAAAAGAUUGUGGGGGAAAAGAUUUUUUAUUUAACAAAAUUGAAUCUUCAAGGGAAAAUGUCAUUGCCUGUGAUAUUGGAACCUUCUUACAAUCAUUCUGGCUGUGACUCCCAAGUGAGUGUGUCAGAAGUGUCCUGUAGUGAAAGUAUAUCUUCAUGUCAAUCUCUUGAACACGGCUCAGUUCCAGAAAUUCUCAUUGGCCUGCUUUAUAAUGCCACAACUGGAAGACUAUCAGCAGAAGUGAUAAAAGGCAGCCACUUCAAAAACUUGGCAGCAAACAGACCACCCAAUACAUAUGUUAAGUUAACUCUGCUGAAUUCCAUGGGUCAAGAGAUGUCCAAAUGCAAGACAUCCAUCCACAGAGGGCAGCCAAAUCCAGUAUACAAGGAAACUUUUGUUUUUCAAGUGGCUCUAUUUCAACUUUCUGAUGUGACACUCAUACUGUCUGUGUAUAACAAACGCAGCAUGAAAAGAAAAGAGAUGAUAGGCUGGAUUUCUUUAGGUCUAAACAGCUCUGGAGAAGAGGAACUCAAUCACUGGACUGAAAUGAAAGAGUCAAAAGGACAGCAAGUAUGUAGAUGGCAUGCGUUACUGGAGUCAUGAUGAAUAGAAUAAUCAAGAAAUUACCAUCCAAUGCAGCAUAUUUCUGAUUACAACAUUACUGAUUUUACCUAGUCACCAUUAGAAGAUCUGUUCUUUGAAGAAUCAUAUUCAACAUCCUACCUGCUUUAAAUUCUAUGGAAUGAAUUGUCUGAUACUGACAUACGUGAAGAAAACAUGUGUAUCUGGUAAAGCUUGUUUGGGAAACUGAGAAACUUACAUCAUCAUUGUUAAACUAACAGGCCUCCAGAAAUCUAAUACAUGUUUUUGAUUUGAAGUUAAUUUUAAGUUAGCAAAAGAGACAGUAAUUUCAUGAAAAAUCAAAAUUGUAAGUGAUUUUAAAAAUCAGAAUUUUUGUUGUAACCCUAUUUUAAUAUCAUCCUACAUAUUAUUUAUAAAACAUAUUUUGACUCGGCAGUCCCUGCUGUUUAUAAUAUUCUUUAAUAUAAAAAGGUAGUUCUUCAAUACUAUCGGAAGUCAUAUCUAGUGGUGAAGGGUUUCAGUCACAUUGAAAAUUAUUUUAUUUCAUACAUGUUCCCUCUGAGUAUUUAGUUUCACUGUGCUUCAGUUCUUCUCAAUAGCACUAAAUCUAAGUGCAAACAAGUACUCAUUUUGACAGGAAUUUUUAAAAUAUGUUAUUUUUUUAAAAGUCCAUUUCUUCAUUUGCCUCUGCUUUUGCCUGAUCCAAAGAGACCAAGUCACUGUACUGGUCCCUUGCAAGUCUUUUAGACAGGUUGUACUGUAGAACUAUGUAACUUUCUGUUGAAAGCACUUCCUGUAUUCUUGUAUUCCAAUGUAGGAAGCUAAUAGAGCAGGAUUUUACUUUAAAAUUUCUUUCAGUGAUUGACUCUUUAAAAUUGUAGCAAUGUGAAAAUACAUAUUUUACAAACUGAAAAUACAGUAGGUAAGCUGUUGAAAAUUGAAAACAAUUCAAGUUUAAUUAUCUGCUCUUAGUAUUUAGUAACCAACACUGCAUAAAGCAGGUAGCAUUCAAAAUAAGAAACUGUUCUCUCUCUAAAUCUUUACUCUUACUUCAAUUUAUAUUUGUGAUAUAAAAACUAUCCAGUUCUCAGUUUGAAUCAGAGCAUCAUGUUAAAAACAGUUCUGAGAUUGUUUAUGAAGUUUCUAGUGACUUGUGACUAGAUUUUAUGAAAUUUACAGAUAAAGUUCUUCAACGUGAUGUCAUCUUGUGCCUUUCAUGUAAGUUAAAUUUGCUCAUACAGCUUGAAAGUUGUAUUUGCAAAAUUAAGCCUUCAAUUUUUAUAAAUGUAAAGAUUCCUCAGAACAGUGUCACAAGAUCUUUAUUUCCUCUGAAGUGUGUAAAAGUUGUAUAAUGUACUAAUUUUUUUAAAUGGCAAGGCACUUUCAUUUGUUGUUUUUAUAGUUAGGAACUCUAAUUAGGACUAUUAUAAGCUGUUUUCUUUUUAAUUUUGCUUCUUACCUAAUAUAUAAUUUUAUGCAUAUACUUUACUAAUUAGAGUAUGUUUUGUAUAUAUGAAGAAUAUUUUUUUUCUCUUUCUCAUUUCUAUUUAAACUAUAUAAAAACAUACUAUUUACCAUUUACUAAAAAGCAGUAUAUUAUUGUUCCUAGUCCCAACUAAGUACUAUAUAUUAUUAUAAGCUAGAACUUGUUAUUAUCAUAAUAACAAAAUCAUACAUAGCUAUUACUACUUCAGCUUGCCUGUACUGAAAGGCCUUAAAAGAAAUCCAAAAAGACCGUGAACUUCUAUAUUUUUUAGUUUUAGAAAAAUGGCAGCUCUAUGCGUUUAUACACAUGAAUUAUAAGAAAAAAUGCAAAUACUAGAUUGGGCAGCAUGAGGUUGGAGAAUGUAUGUUACAAGUAGCAUUAAAGGGAAAAAAGUCCAUCCUUUUAUUAUUACAUCAGUGAGAUUUUUCCAGGAAUUUUUUAACACAUGAGUUAGAUCAUAAAGUCAGAAUAUAAAUCAAAUGGCAAAAUAUUUAAGUGUUUUCAGCAAUGAUACAGAAAAAAAAUUUAAAGGGGGGGAUGUAGUUUUUUUACUCAGAAAUUGGAUUUAAGCAUUUGAUGCUAUAAUUAUCUUUUUUUUUAAGCAACUGACUACAUUGCAAACAACUGGUAUCUUCCUAUAAAAAGAGUUAUCAGUCUUAUUUGUAACUGUAACAGAGCUUAAUCAAACACAUUAGUAAGACUAGCUUGGUGCUUUCACCCUUAGUGAGAAAAAGACCUAAUUGUUACUUGUUAAAAUCUACCUUUUUCAGACUAUGCCCUGAAUUGUGUGUGUGAUUUGAUAUAUCCUUAAGGGUUUAUCUGGUAUAAGUAUUAAAUCCUUCAUGGCCUAAAAAUUAUUCAAGUUUUUUAAAAUGUCAGGAAAGACCCUACCUCCACCCUAGCUGCCAAGUCCUCAAAGAUUAUGUUAUCUCUAUGGAUGUGUGUUUCUGUAUAGACACACACAUAUUUACACACUACAACAUAUAUAUGUAUUGCAUAUUUAUUUGUCAAGACGGAGGUGCCCUGGAUUUUUCAGAUAACUGAAUACAAAACAUUCUCAAGUUUAUGGAUUAUUUUUUUUCUCUGUGUAUUUACUAGAUAUUAUAUUUGGUUUUAGGUGCUAUUUGCUGCCAUUCUCCUCCACACACAGCAAAAUAUACAUUUUUUUCCCUGUAGAUUGGCACAACUUAGGAUAAUUACACCCCAAAAAUUUGUCUGUUCUUUUAGAAAAGGAUUAAAUAGGGCUCAAGAGACCCACUUCACUCUUCUGAAUCUAAUGUAGGAGAUAGUACUAUUGCUUUUUUGUGUACUUGAAUUUGCAUGAAAGCUUAAAGGCAAAAUAUUAUAUCUCAGUAAUUAUAACAAAUAAGAGCACACUGGUGGGCAGCAGGUGUUGACUCAGAAACUUGAGAAAGACACCCAUUUUCUUGUUGUUCUGUUAAAAUCCCCCUAAGUUUUAUACUAAAAUGAGAUAGUGGCAGUUGACUGGCAUUUGUGGGAGCCCCUGAGCCUGAAAUUGGGGGCUUUGUCUCCCAAAUGAACUGCAAAACAUAGUUAUUGAUGUCCAGGAAAAAAAAAUUUUGUCUAAUCAGUGAAGAAUUUGUUUAGUGUAAUGCUGUCCUACCUAUCAGAAGCUUUCUUUUAUGAUCUUGAGUAUUCAGUAUUAUCCACAUUUUGUUUGAAAUCCAUUUGCAUAUUAUCUUACUAUGCAAUGAACUCAAUCAUGUAUUUGCUGAUAAGAGUAAUAAAUUGGACCACAAUUUUAAGGAAAAAAAAAACAAUGAGAAAAUAUUACCUGAUUAAUAUGCACAUGUUUAAAUAAGUAGGACCUGGUGGGGCAGUUUCUUCCAACCUAGUGCAGACACUCAAGGCUAUAUGUUAAAUCAUGUCCUUGAUACCAUCAUCAUUUUCAUUUAACUUAUCAAUUGAAUCAGAAGCAUAAUCAAUAACUGCAAAGUAAGAUGGUACCAAUAGGGGAAGUAGUAAGAAACUUGAGACUAUUUGUCAAGAUAAAGAUGAAUGGGAAGACCAAAUGAUAAUAUAGUCUUUCCAGUGAAUGAAAAAGUAGGUGG